CCCGCCUUUCGUAACAGUCCACUGUUAUGAAAUACAUUGGUAUUGUCACGCGUCUCGUCUGAAAGUUGUCCGGAUUGUGGCAAACGGUGGGCACAGCCGUAACAGGGAGGAAUAAUGUGGGGUACCGUUAUGGGAAACGCCGUGGUCAAAACUGCCGCCAUCGAUCUGGCUAUACAAUGGUCUUGCUGGGCAGUAUCCGCUGUCUUCAAAUCCGAGAAGAUCUACGACCUAGCUGGUACGGGAUCCUUCAUCCUGCUCACCCACCUGAGCCGCCGGUGGGGAGGGCACAGCUACACGCGUCAGACCGUGCAUGGCUGGCUGGUGACGGCGUGGGGGCUCCGGCUGGGCACAUUCCUGUUCUUGCGAAUGAUGGCUGCUGGCCAGGAUCGGCGCUUUAACAACAUCAGAGACAGACCAGGGGUUUUCUGGUUCUACUGGACCAUGCAAGGGGUGUGGGUGUUCACGACUCUCCUUCCCACCGUUAUCCUAAACACGGAGCGCCGGAACCCACCCCUGGGCUUCCGAGACUACCUGGGCUGGGCCCUGUGGGGAGUGGGCUUUCUCAUGGAGGCCAUUGCAGACCAGCAGAAGUGGAACUUCAGACGGGACCCCGAUAAUGCUGGGAAGUUCAUCCGGCAUGGGCUGUGGGCCUACAGCAGGCAUCCCAACUACGUGGGAGAGAUCAUGCAGUGGGCGGGCCUGUUCAUCUCUGCCUCUUCUGUGAUGCAGGGCACCCAGUACCUUACCGUCACCUCGCCCCUCAUCCUCUGGUUCCUCAUUCGCUACCUCAGUGGAGUCCCCCCCUUGGAGGAAUAUGCACUUAAAAAGUGGGGUGCGGACCCUCAGUACCAGAAAUAUGUCAAGGAUACUCCUGUUUUCUGGCCCUUCUGGAAAUAACAGGUCAAUGCAGACUCUAGCUUUGGCUGCAAUGGGUGCAGGGGAAAUAUUAAACAUUACAGAACACACUUCGAAACUUCAGUUUCUUACAUACUAAAUGAACUGUAGCAGGUGCUUAUGCAGAUACCAAACUGAAAAUAUUACCACUUGGUGAAAAUGUUACUGGUUGGGGGUUUCUGCUUCAUUUGAUAAGUUUUUAUAUAAAGGAAGAGGAUCUGAAAAUAAUGUAGAAUUAAGUUGGAUACUAAACCUCAGUAAAACACUGUAAUAAGGGUGUUCCACUCUCACAAGCAAUAUUUUCAUUGACUUAUUUUUACAGUACUAUAAUGUACAAUAUAAAAAUGAAAUCAGAGGUAACACCUUGGCAUUUAGUGCAUUUCAAACCAGCCCUCUAACGUUAUCAAGUUAAAAUACCUUGUAUUUCACAUAUAAUCCAAUUUCACAGUAGGUUAAGGAUUUCCUCUUCAGAAAUGAAAUACUGUACUUAGCACAGAAUACCACUGGUCCAAGGUGCAUUCUAGGCUUUGGCACUAACAGAUGUACUGCAUUGCUUGAUAACAGAUGAGCUGUGACUUUUCAUUCUAACACAGAUCUCCAUUUUAGAAAUAAUCCUUUAUGUAGCAGUCUGAGAAAACGUAGACUAUAAUUAAUGGGUGGGGGUUCAUCAAAGUUUUGAUAUUUGCUAAUAAAAACCCUGGUAUGAAACAC